AAGUGCAGUCUAAUUUAAUUCAAGGGUCAAAUGGCCUGACAACACACAGGACACCCUCCGGUGAGUGAAUCUGAGCCAAACAAGCCUGCUCCACUUGAGUCACUGGUUACAGACGACCAACUGUGGAAUAGUCUGUUUGCAGUUUUCUUCAUCAGCGAAGCUGUAAAAGGUAGUCUCGGCAAACUCUUCCAUAACCUUUUCACCUUUUAAACUUUUUGCCUACCCUUAACAAACCAUUACAAAAGAUAAAAUUGCCAUGUCGACAGAAAAAGCGAUGUCCUAUACAUCAAAACUUCCUGUGUGGUGGAAUGCAGAGCCGCCUCUGCGGAAAUUGGAAAUUGACCUGAGUUCACCUGGAUUAGCUGUGUUUGAGUUGGAAAAACUCUUGUAUACUGGCAAAGCCAUAAUCAGUCAUGCAGAUGAAGUGUGGCCUAGGCUGUACAUUGGUGACCAACACAGUGCAGAGAACCAGGCUGAUUUGUACAAGAAUCACAUCACUCACAUCCUGAACGCAGCUCACAGUAAUCGUAAGGGACAACCAGAUAUCUAUGAGGGAAUGAAGAUCACCUACAUGGGCGUAGAGGCUCAUGACUCCUGUAACUAUGACAUGAGUGUCAACUUCCAGGCAGCAGCAGACUUUAUCCAUAGAGGUCUGAGCAGAGGAGGCAAAGUGCUGGUCCACUGUCAUGUAGGAGUGAGCCGCUCUGCCACCCUGGUCCUGGCUUACCUGAUGCUGAAGCAGAACCUCACUCUCGUCGAGGCUAUUUGUGCUGUGAAAGAGAGCCGUGGUGUGAUUCCUAACCGAGGUUUCCUUCGACAGCUCAUCAAACUGGACGAGCAGCUCUUUGGCAAACAUCGCUGAAACCCAUCUAACAGCAUUACUAGUCACCUUUCACGGGUCCAGAAGAUUAAUCUUUAAUGUCAAGAUGAUGUGUUGCAUGAAAGAUUUCUUGCGUUUUACUUUGGGGUCUUACAGCAUGUGAUCCUUUCUUUGGUCUUCAUUGUUAUGAACGUUAAGAUAAAAACAUUACAUUUGUACAUGUUAAAUGGACUGAUGUUUUACAAGAUGUUUAGCAGUCAGCUUAAUUUACAUAAAUAUUGUGGAAAAGUUUUGAGCCACCACCGAUUUCUUUAUAUGCCGCUUUCGAGGAACCAAACCUUUUUCGUAAUUUUUAAACGUGGUCUUGAUCAAUAGUUCUGUAGGCUUUCUGAAGCUCUUUCUUUGGACAUUGGCCGCUUCUACCUGACCAUUUUCAGAGGAAUGUGUUGUUGUUGUUUUUUUCUAAUGUUGUUAAGCCUCAUGGUUAACACUGACUCAUGGAUCACUUCAGUAUAAAAAAGGCACCUAACUCAAUGAAUGGACCAGUGUGAGAACUAAAGGAGAAGUGCCAGGCCAAAAAUACAAAAAGCUAUCUACAGCAGAUGCAGCAUCUGAAAGUCAUUGUCUGUGGAAAAAGGAACAAAUCCUGACCCGAUUUAUGUUUUGGGCACUUCAGGUGAUCCAUCUACUAUUCGCUGAAGCCUCAUCAGAAAUGUUCUCAUUGGAAGGCUGAGAUCUGUUAAGAUGCUAUUUUUAAUUCUUGCCAAAUUACUCAAGAGCUGUACUGAAUAUCAGUGGCAACAAGUCUUAUGGAAUGAAUCCAAACUUGAAAUUUUGGGUUCAAAUUGUUGCCAGUAUGUAUAAGGAAGGUCAGGAGAGAGGCACACUAGAGAGCUGAGAAAAACGAUGGAGUUGCUGUCAUGGUUUGGACAUUCAUUUAGGACAGUGGUGUUGAUGAUCUUGUCAAAACCAAUGAACACAGAAAAGUGACAUCAGAUUUUGACCCACUAUGUAAUAUCAUCUGGAAAGCAUCUGGUUUGUUAAUGCUUCAUUUUUUCAGCAUG